AUGGAGACUGUCAACAACAUCGCCAAAGCUGCGGCGAACGCUGUUUGGGGCGAAAACACCAGCACCGGCAGCACCACCACAGGCACGGAGCCCGUCUCUGGCCAGCGAGGCAACACGUCCGUCGGCGAGCCAUAUGACAAGGGCAAUCUCGAGGAGCCCGGCUCCACCACUAGCACAACCGGUCACUCUGCCACCGGUACACCCACAACCGGUCUAUCUUCCACCGGCGACUCCACAAGCCAUGGAACAGGAGGUGCUUCUGUUGGUGGCCUCUCCUCCGGAAUCCCCGACAGAUCCGCGACCCACGGCUCUUCUGGUACCGCCGAAGGCACUCACGGCCCUCACAGCUCAAGAGUUGCCAACGCCGCGGACCCAACCGUAGACAGCGACCGCGAUGGUAGCCGCACUGCUGGCUCUACCGGAGGCAACCAUUCCUCCGGCGCCCUUGGCGGUAUUCCCACACACGACCACCACACAUCUGGGUCCACAACAUCCGGGGUUCCUGGAUCCAGUGCUACAACAGUCGCUGGUGAGCCACACCCAUUGAGCGGGCACAGCUCCCGAACAACUGGCACCACCGAAGGUUCCCAUGGCCCCCACGACUCCAAGGUCGCGAACGAACUCGACCCAAGGGUUGACAGCGACCGUGACGGUAGUCGCACCGUCGGUAACAGCAACACCACUAGCUCGACUACCGGCCACAGUGACAGUGCCAGUUUCGCAAAGAAUACUGGCACGGCCGCCGAAUCUAGUAGUGUCCCCGAUAACAAGUACACAGAGAGGAAGGCACACGACACACCCGCCGACACAUCCAAGGGCCAGAACGACACUCGCGACCCUUCAAAUCCUCAAACCAACCCUAAGAACAACCCCACUGAUGUUGACGAUACCACAAGCGGCCCCAACAAGGGCCAAGAACUUGGACCUGGCCCCAAGCCUCUGGUCGACGUCGCUAGAGAGCACGGUGGUGAUGCAGGUAACACCGGUGUCACGACAUCAUCUGGCGAUAAGUCCAAGGCAAAGGCUGCCGAGUCUGACGACCCGAAUGACCCACAUGCCGCCAGCCACGGUGAGGGAACUGGCGAGAAGUACAUCAAGAGCACAGGCCUCGCCGCUGAUGGUGGUAAUUUCGACGUUACCAAUGCUGGCGCCGGCAGAGAAGCUGACCGACUCUUGGAAGAGAAGGGUAUCCACACCACAAAGGGACCUGGAGGGUCUCCCGACGAUCACCCUACGAGCACUGGAGGUGCAGAUACGACGGAGAAGAAGAGCCUUAAGGACAAGAUUAAGGACAAGCUGCACCGUCACUAA